UCACAUUGAUGAUAUAAAUGCAAUAAUACAUUGGUUGAUGCCUGAAAAAUUAAAAAGUAUAUCUGAAAAUCAAGAUUCGAAAACUAAUAAAACCAAGAGUUAUACGAUUCAAUAUGAUAUUUUCAGUUUUGUGAUGCUUCUUUGGGAGCUUGGCUUUCAGAAAACGCCAUAUAAAGGUAUGAGUAUAUCUGUUAUACAAAAACAUGUUUUAAAAGGUAAUAGAGAAAGAUUUGGCUCUGAAGCAUGUUCUGAUCCAAUUCAAAAAGCGUAUUAUAAAGCUAUUAAAUUUGAAAAUUUGAGUGAAGAUUUACAAAAUCAUAAGUCUAUUAAUAAAGUUAUACCAUUAACUCCAUUCAAAGAAGGUUUAGUAGCUCACAAAAAACAAGAUUAUGCAAAGGCUUGGAAAUGUUUUGAAGAGCAUGCUAAUGUUGGAGAUACUGCUAUAGAAAUAUUUAAAGAAGCAGCAGACAAUGGAAAUGGUGAUGCUCAAUUGCGUUAUGCGUUUUGUUUAAUUGAUAAAGGAAAUGAAAAUAAUAAUCAUAAUGGUAUUCAAAAGGAUCAAAACAAGGGAGUUCAAUAUUUAAAAUUGGCUGCUUUAAAAGAUCAACAGAAAGUAAUAGAUAUUUUGAAAAGAUAUAAGAUUAGUUUAUUUGAUUCAAAUCAUAAAGAAAAAAUUUCCAUGAAAAUCUUAAAUUAUUCACCGUAA